AUGGGCCGCAAAUCUCAAUCAAAACAAAAUCCUAAGAAGAAUGCAGGGAAGGAAAACAAUAAGUUCAUUCAACAAAAACGCAAAGAAUUAGCUGUUCUUGUGGAUAAAGUGUUGAGAUUGACGAGAGUAUUCCAAGCUUCGACUAAUGUUAUAAAAAGUUGGGAGCAUCAUUUAGAAAUUGAUGCUCUCAUUAAAGAAAUAUUGAAUCUAGAGGGCCCUCAGCCUAAAAGUGGCCAGGGCAGGCAUGCAAACAUUGAUAAGUUUAACAAGUGGCUAAGUGAGAAUGAGGUGCAACUUGACGGUAUUGAAUUAGCAGAGUUUGAAGGAUACGAGUUUGGUUUGAAAGCAACAAAGGAAUUCAAGGAAGGAUCACUUCUGCUGACCGUGCCGUCAAAGCUAAUGAUGACAGAGAAGAAUGCUAAAGAGUCGGAGCUAGGAAGCUUCAUAGAAAUUGAUCCCUUAUUGCAAAACAUGCCAAAUAUAACACUCGCCCUGUUCCUGCUACUAGAAAAGAAUGAUCCGAAAUCUUUUUGGAAGCCAUAUAUCGAUAUAUUGCCUGAUAAAUAUCCUACAAUUCUAUAUUUCACUUUGGAAGAGCUAGCGGAACUCAAGCCAUCACCAGUGUUUGAUUCAGCGUUGAAACUCUAUAGAAGCAUUGCUAGGCAGUAUGCAUACUUUUACAACAUUAUCCACUUAAUGGACUUACCAGUGCUAAAAAAACUCCAAGAAGUAUUUACUUUCGACAGCUACAGAUGGGCAGUCUCCACAGUGAUGACCAGACAGAACAACAUUCAGCUUGCUGAUGCUGACGUUACAGCCUUCAUACCGCUCUGGGAUAUGUGCAACCAUGAACAUGGAAAGAUUACAACGGACUAUAACAAGGAGUUGGGGCGCGGAGAAUGCUUCGCUCUACGAGAUUUUAAGGCUGGUGAACAAAUCUUCAUAUUCUAUGGAUCCAGACCGAAUGCUGACCUGUUCCUACACAAUGGAUUAGUAUACCCAGAAAACGAGCAUGAUAGUUUGUCUAUAUCGCUCGGCGUGAGUUCGAGCGACCCGCUUCGUGAGACGAAGCUCGCACUACUGACCAAAUUGGGUCUCGCGGGCGUCACACACUUCAACUUGUAUCGAGGACCUAACCCAAUCAGCGCAGAGCUGUUAGCUUUCAUACGGAUAUUUAACAUGAAUCAAGAGGAAUUAACGAAAUGGUCUGGUCAAGGAUUGCCAGGGGAUUUAGUGUCCUCUGACCCGUCCAGUGCUGAAGCAGUCGGUGCCGACAUCGACCGACGCGCUUACACGUACCUGCUGACACGAUGCAAGCUCAUCGUGGCCUCCUACAAGGAGACUGGAGGCGGCGAUGAUAUUUCGCUGCAUAGGAAAAAUGUGAAGCUGUUAAAGAAAUGCGAAGUACAAAUGUUAGAGGGUGCCAUGAAGUAUCUGGAAGAGACUAUAAGCAAAUUACCCACCGCUGCCGCUGAGGACAAAUCAAAUAAUUAA